AUCUUCAGUUUUUUCUUUCCCCUCAGGAUGGAAGAGCAGUUAUAAAACCACAAAGUCAACUCAGACGCAAGAUUCUUCGUUUCAGGAGCUGAUAAUAAAAAGAUCCAAAAGGAAUGGACCCUGGGACUUCAAAUCAGAAAAGCCCUGCAUGUAUGAGAAUGGAUUAGAGAAGAAGCAGGAGAAAAAAGAAGGUGUUCAGGAAGUUUCAGUCACUCACAGAAAAAUCCUCACUCUAGAAAGAAAACAUAAAAAUACUGAAUUUAGCCAAGACGUCAGCCCAAGGUCACUCCUUGUUAGACAGCAGUUGGUUCCCGGAGAACGAACACCACCAAAACGCGAGGCACGAGGAAACGGCUUUAAGCAGAAUCCAGAGGUGCUUAAUCAACAAAAAACCAACACAGCAGAGAAACGCUAUAAGUGUAGUAUGUGUGAGAAAACCUUCAUUAAUACUUCAUCCCUUCGUAAACAUGAGAAAAACCAUAGUGGAGAGAAAUUAUUUAAAUGUAAAGACUGUUCAAAAGCGUUUAACCAAAGUUCAGCUCUUAUUCAACAUCAAAUAACUCAUACUGGAGAGAAACCCUAUAUAUGUAAGGAAUGUGGGAAAGCCUUCACUCUCAGUACAUCCCUUUAUAAGCACUUAAGAACCCAUACUGUGGAGAAAUCCUAUAGAUGUAAAGAAUGCGGUAAAUCCUUCAGCCGAAGGUCAGGCCUUUUUAUACAUCAAAAAAUCCAUGCUGGAGAAAACCCCUAUAAAUACAACCCAGGCAGGAAGGCGUCCAGUUGUGGUACAUCCCUUCCUGGAUGUCAGAGAAUUCAUUCCAGGAAGAAGUCCUAUUUGUGUAACGAGUGUGGCAAUACCUUUAAGUCCAGCUCAUCCCUUCGUUACCAUCAGAGAAUUCACACUGGAGAGAAACCUUUUAAAUGCAGUGAAUGUGGGCGAGCCUUCAGUCAGAGUGCAUCUCUCAUUCAGCAUGAAAGAAUUCACACUGGAGAGAAGCCCUACAGAUGUAAUGAAUGUGGAAAAGGCUUCACUUCCAUUUCACGGCUCAAUAGACACCGAAUAAUUCAUACAGGGGAGAAGUUUUAUAAUUGUAAUGAAUGUGGUAAAGCCUUAAGUUCCCACUCGACGCUUAUUAUUCAUGAACGAAUUCACACUGGAGAGAAGCCAUGCAAAUGUAAAGUGUGUGGGAAAGCCUUCAGACAGAGUUCAGCCCUCAUCCAGCAUCAGAGGAUGCACACUGGAGAAAGGCCCUACAAGUGUAACGAGUGUGGGAAAACGUUCCGGUGUAACUCAUCCCUCAGUAAUCACCAGAGAAUUCACACGGGAGAGAAGCCGUACCGAUGUGAGGAGUGUGGGAUAUCUUUCGGCCAGAGUUCAGCUCUUAUUCAGCACCGGAGGAUUCAUACGGGAGAGAAGCCCUUCAAAUGCAAUACGUGCGGGAAAACUUUCAGACAGAGCUCGUCACGUAUUGCCCAUCAGAGGAUUCAUACUGGGGAGAAACCUUACGAGUGUAAUACCUGUGGGAAACUCUUUAAUCACAGAUCAUCUCUCACGAAUCAUUAUAAAGUCCAUAUGGAAGAGAACCCCUAGAAAGUAGAUCUGCAUGCGUGGAAGCCUGAAACCAAAGCUCGUCAGGACACGUGAGAGGAAUGUGAUAAAUGUGUUAGAGAUGAGAACCCUUUCUAUGAUUUAGUCCUCAUAAGAUACUAAAUUCCAAGGAUAGACCUUGACUAAUGACUGUUCUGCUGAGGAAAGUGGAAAGUGUUCAUGCCUGUCAGAUGCUUUUUACAAUAACCUGAAUGAAGAAUUCACAACGUGGAGACACUGACUUUGGGCACUUACACAAUUGUUUCUACAGCAGUGUACGCUACGUAUCACGUGAUUGCCAUAAACAUCUGGGUGAGGAGGGGAGGUGUGCACUGGAUUUCUCAUUUUAAAAAAACUAUAAACUUAAUGCUUUUUAAAUAACAUUUUUCAUAGCACAUAAAAGGUAUGGUCAAAGAAAUUAUACAUUUUUAGAGAAAAGGACCAAAUAAAAGAUAAAGAUGAACUGUGAACUACCUCUCACUUUCCAGGCUUUGUCCUUUUCCUGACCUGAUAUCAAACUUUGUGCAUGGAUUUCAUUUAAAAAUAGAAAUAAAAGUCUUUUCUCUUCUU